UCGGCGACGACUCGAGUAAUGUCUCGUCAGGGUUGUAACAACUCUUGAUUAUUGCUGGCAUACUAAAAGACGAAAUCACAACACAUGUGCCUCCAUGAAUCACGCUGUACAAAGACCAAAAUAGCACGGAAGGCUACAAAGUUCGGGUUCCUUCAAGUUGUACGCGACGCCGGCGACUUGUUUAGCCCGACAAUUAGGCGGCCGGGAAGGCAUGCUCCGGGCGAUGACUACCUAGGUACUACUACUACAGUCGGUCUAGUAUUAUAGUCCUGACCACCAUCACUCGCUCGCUGACCGGGUCUUUCUGUUGGACUGAGAUGCCUACCUAGGCGCCUAUACCAUACUAUACUGCUACUAGCAUGCUACUGUCCAUGCUACAGAUUUUCUAGGAAGCCAACCCAGGCUCCACGCGAGGGUCAGAUCGAUCAACACGGACGGCCCCAGCUCAUCAUGCGUGGACCACUGCAGAGCAGAUCCUAGCGUCCAUCUGCAGGAGUCAUGUACAUACUGCACAGUAGCACAACGGACAGUUGCAUUCUGAGGGCGCUGGCAGUUCAUCAAUUCCCGGAUAGAAGCCGGAGGGGCACAGAUGUACUGUAAUGGGAGACCACCCGCGGCACAGAUUGCUUGGGAACUACGAGAAGAGGACGUCCCGGAUGCGUCAUGUCGGACAAAAACAUGGCUGGGAAACCUCCGAAUCGCAAGCAGCAAUCCCUGUCUCAAGGCACCGCCAGGCGAAAUCAAACACGUCUGGAUAUCGAACACUAUUUGCCGAAGCCGCGAACAAGAACUAGGCAAAUCAGCCUGAUGAUGAGCGGCAGGGAUUGUACAGUAUCUUCUGGCGAGGCGAUGCUACAGUCGAGGGAACAGCCAUACUGCUCCCACCACAUUGUCCAGAGUUGUCGACAAUUUGAACCCUGCCCCAGGCCAAGAAACAUCGACCCAUCGAGCUUGACUGGACCGCCGACGUCUAGGUUCUGGGCAGCCCCAUAUGCUCGCGGGCUACACUCUUUUUACAUGCUUGCAAUGCUACUGGCAAAUGCCAGACCAUGGUGGAGAACCCGCCUGUCGCCCCACUGACCACCGAUGGACUGGAGGCCGGACAUUUGCCCAGGCUGUGGGAGAAAAAUCUAGCCAGGGUUGCUGGUCUGUGUGGUGUGGCCCAUGGCUCUGGCAUGGUUCGACAAUAAAAUAAUAAGAUGGACCUAGACGGCGUAUCCGGGGCGAGGGAGAUCAUUUCUUUUUAUGAAGUCGAUCUGUCGCUGCCAGUGUCAGAGCUAGAUGGUCCUGUCCUCGAAUUUCAAUCUGAUUGAUAUACAUAGUACAGUCUGCGAAGUACUGCGGCGGGAAGGCUUUUCCCCACGAAGUCCUGUACCCGGUCCACCUACAGUACAGUACCAACAGUGAGUGCAUCGACAUUUCGCCAUGCAAAUCCGGCAUAGCCACGAGCACGAACAUGCCGAACAUGGUGCCCAUCCGCCUCAUUUGAAGCACAGUCAUGCUCACGAGGAGGCGGUUCCCGGUACCGUGAAUCUACGGCCAGUAGAGGGCGAUGACACUGGAUACGGGCAAGCACUGUUCCCCGUGCCAGCAGACGACCCCAACGAUCCUCUACAGUGGAACAACUUCAAGAAGACCAUGAUCCUGAUCAUUUGCGCCUCAUACUCGUUCCUGGGCAACUCGGCGCUGCUGGGGCCCUCGGUCUACAUUGGCAUCUACUCUGAGUCAUUUGGGAUUGCACCGGCCACAGCGUCCAAUUUGAUCUCGUAUCCUAAUCUGGCAUAUGGAUUCGGAUCCUUUGUCUUGGUCCCCGCCUAUCUCAAAUUCGGGCGACGGCCUGUCAUGUUACUGUCCAUCAUCGCGUUCGCCGCCGGCCUGAUCGGAGCUUCUCAAUGCAACUCGUACGGCACUCUCAUGGCGGCCAGGAUCAUCCAUGCAUUUGGCUCGGGUGUCUGCGAGGCGUUGCCGGUGCAAUUGGUCAACGAUAUCUUCUUCCUGCACGAACGUGGCCAGCGACUAGGUUACUACACGGUGUGUCUCUGUCUAGGAGCCACGGGGCCGCUGUACGCCGGAUACAUGCUCGCGGGAGGGUAUUCGUGGAGAUUGUUCUUCUACGUCGAGUUCGCGUUCGCCUGUGCGCUGUUCAUCCUGGCUUUCUUCUUUGUCGAAGAGACCUGGUACCCGCGCGAGCUGAUCAAGGCACGCGCGCUAGGCGCCGCCAACAACAACGGCGGCAGCAGCGAUAAUGGCGUCGAGAAGGGCGUGGACGCUGAUCUGCGAGAGGUCUCGUAUCUCCCACCGCCGCGGAAGUCGUUCAUCUCGACCCUCAAGCCGUGGGGCGUCUACGACCGAGACGCGCCGUUCUUCAUGACUGCCAUCCGGUCCCUAUCCUACUUCGCCGUGCCGUCCGUCUUCUGGGUCGUGGCAACCUACGGAAUUUAUAUCGGCUUGGGCGCCCUGGCUUUCAACUACACGUUUCCUCUGAAGAUUGUCGCUCCGCCAUAUAAUUGGAGUCAGACCAACUCCGGCUUGAUUGCAGUAGGCAAUGCAGUCGGCUAUCUCCUGGCAGUACCCUUCACCACGACAUCGGACCGCCUAGCCGCUUAUCUGACCAAGAAGAACAACGGGAUCCGCGAGGCCGAGAUGCGACUCGGCGUCCUCCUGCCAGCCAUGUUCAUCGGGCCUGCCGGUCUGAUCGUGUACGGAUACACGGCCGGGCGAGACCUACACUGGUUCGGCUACUUUGCGGGCGUGGCCAUGGUCAACUGGUCGGCUUACUUUUAUUUCACCUUUACGCUUGCCUACGCCGUCGACAGCUACACAGUCAACCUGUCCGAGAUGCUGAUCGCCAUGAACCUGGGCAAACAGGCCAUCUCGUUCGGCAUGGGCUUCAAGCUGCUCGACUGGAUCCUCGAGACCGGCUACGUCAAGGUCAUUGCCGGCAUCUUCUGCGGCGUCCUUGCGGCCAACGAUCUCGCCCUUUUGCUCUUCAUGGUCUUUGGCAAAAAGAUCCGCAUUGCCACGAGCAAAACCUGGCUGGCUCGCAUGCAUAAAAAGACCCAUGUGGCGGGAGAAUCACAUUGAGGCUUGACAUUUUUGUCCUUUCAGUCCUUUCAAGUUCCCACUCAAUAGUGCGGUAUACUCCUGCUUCAACGCGGGAGAUGGAGGGUGUUUUGACUUUUUCAACAUUUAGCAGGUUCUUUACAAUUACUAUCUAAAAAUCCAAAAAGGGUUUCUCUGUUUAUACCGUCAGCAGCAUGGACCAGUAGUGAUCCAUGAGAAGGAUGAUGCCCUGUUUUUCUAUGGGUGUUUCUUCUGAUUUCCGCCUCAGUUUGUGCCAUAUUCCGGGGUACCAGACUAAUGGAAAACGGGUGUCAUUAUCCCUAGACCUGGAUGCACUGGCAGUGGCACUAAUAACUGCCGGAAAUAUCCCACCUUGACCGGCAAAUAUAUAGGCCCAGUGCAGAGCCACAUGGUCUCUCGCUGCAUCGUAUACGAUAGGCUUUCAAGGCUCCCAUGGGUCGUUGUGGCGCCUGUCAAAUUAAGUCACCUGGCCUUGCACUUGCAGAAAACGAGGGGCCCCAGAUAUUGAAGACCCUUUGAGUUCGGUCUUCUUCCGUCCUCAUUGGUAG